AUGGGAUGUUGCUGGGAAAUUGAUACUCUUGCGGCAGUUUAUGAUAUCAACCCUCUUAGUACCCUGGACAAAUUUGUAGACCAAGAUUGUUUAGAAUGGGCUGAUCGUGUCCAUAUUGCAUUGAAGCUUGCUCUUUUUCUGACUUAUUUGCAUAGUUUUGAACCAUGCCAUUUGGUCUGUGACCUUUGUGCUGCCCAUGUAGUUCUUGACCAGGAAAAGAACCCUAUUCUGUACGAUUUAAGCAUGCUCGUUGGUGGUGUGUUGGACAAGAAAAGUUUGCUUCAUGAUAGGCUUGUAUUUCAUGACAAUACUGAUCCUUUGGUCCUCACUUCAGGUGUUUGGUCCAAGAAUUCAGAUGUAUUCUCAUAUGGUGUUAUACUUUUAGAACUUGUACGUGCAGAGAACUUUGAAAAAACUGAAAACGGGGUAUGCAAGUUCAAUGGGACGACUUGGCACAAUUACAAAAAUCGCAGUGUGUUCCCUUUACAAAAAUCUGCUACCCUUAUAGAUACUAAAUUUAUAGGGCAGUACCAUCAUAAUUCAUAUGACACCUUUAAGGUUGUAAAACUAGGUGUUAGAUGUAUUGACUGUGUUGUAUAUGACCGUCCUUCGAUGGACAAAGUAGUUGAUAUUCUAAAGUCUCUGUUUUUGGUGUCUAUCAAUCAAGUGGGGAUUGUUCCGAUCAGGGGCCGUUUUUUAGGAGAAUUGUCAUUUGACGAGUUGUCAGUCAUUACUAAUGACUUUAGUACCAAAAAUUUCAUUGGGGAGACUCUGUAUGGUAGAUUGUAUAUAGGAAAUAUUUUAGAGGGAUGGAAAGGGUUUGAAGCACAACAGGUUACUGUCAAAAUAUGGGAUGAUUCGACAUAUAGGCGUAUUUCCCACAAAGACAAUGUGCACAGAAUGAAGGAUGAAAUGGCAUUUCUCAGGCACCCAAGGAGUCUCAGUCAACCUUGUUUGCCUCGAUUAUUUGGAUAUUGCUACGAGAAUAAGAAAUUAGGGGUUGUUUAUAAGCUGAAGACGGUUGGCACGUUGAAAGAUUUCCUCUCAAAAGGUAAUUUGCUAUUUACAUGA